GAAGCCAGGGCAGCUAAGGGCCUGGUCCCACGGCGUCAGCAAAAAGGGUUUAGUUACACCAAGGCAGGCCAGCUCAAGCAGCAGGUGGAUGGGUAUGAGGUUUGCAACGUAAAUUUUUCUUCCUGGUCUCUGGAGUCCAGCAGUGACAAGGAGAUCUCAGGGUGCAGAGCAGAAUUGAGCUUGAAGAAUCGGACUCUAUCACCUGUGUUAUUACGCAGCGGGAAAAUGGGGAGGCGGAAUGUGAAACACUGUCGCCAUCCUAACCGUGGCCGGCUCAGUAAAUUCAUGAGUCGCAGCGUAGAGACAGUAGUAGUUUCUGGAGAUGAAGGCCAGCGGCCAACCUGCUCCUUCAAAAGCAGAAGCCUGGAGCGGUCACUUAUGUUCAAGGAACCUGCAGAAGUCUUAGCACCGAGGAAGUACCGUGUUGUAACAAGCCACCUGCCUCUCAAAGGCAUCUUGAAGCAGACAGAGAUGCUGGCAGUGCAGCCAGAAAGCCUGCGUAAAUCCCAUUCAGUGGAGACCCUAGCUCGCAGCUGCCACUCUCGCAAGUAUAGUGAUCCUCAGCUGUGUUUCAACAGACGUGACAAGCAUUCAUUGGAACACAGCAGCAUGAGCUCUUCUGAAUCCCUCAGACGCAAAGAGAAGAUCACAGAGGAGAAGCUCCAGUUCUCCAAAUUCCUGGAUGAGAUCACUCACCGAGUGCUGAGCCCUGUCCACUUGCAUUCCUUGGGUGAGGGAAGGAAUGGAGAAGGUAGCCAGGACUCCGCUACUUCUCCCAGAUGUUCCACACCAGAAGGCCCAAAGGAAAGUCAGCUUGGAGGCAGUAAGUGGACAGCAGAGAAGAGCCCUCGCCAACAUAGGAGAAAAUUGGAACGAAAGCGUGAUGAUAUUGAAAUGGGAUCCUGUCAUAGGAAACUGCCCGAGGAGAUGGAGAGGGCUUCAAGACUAAGGAGGAAGCCUGUCCUGGCGAGGAAGGACAACAAGGAGAAAUUCCUCUCCAUGGAGAAGCGGGUGGUGGAUUUGUGCCAGUAUCAGCUGCAGCAACUGGCAGAGCUGGGCUUGGCAAGGGUGGCUUCUGAGCAGCAGCAGCAGCACCAGUCUUCACGGAAAACACCAGGUCAAGAGGGAGGGAGGGGCAAAGGGCGAGACCAGAGCAAGCACCUAUUGCGGCAUAUGCGGGUGCCGCCUCUGGGUUUCAAACCCACCCAGAAGCCAGCACUGGAGUCAAGCUGCUUGGAGAAAGGGUCCUUCUCCCCUAACUCUCAUUGGAACCAGGAGGAGGGUAGUGGCUCAUCUCGAACCCCCCCUUCCUUCAGCUUAGCACAAAACAAGGAACCUUUGACAGAUGCAGAAAGGAUGAAGUUGAUGCAACGUGAAAAUGAGGAACUGCGUCGCCGUUUGGCCUAUGUCACCAACAAAAUGGAGGCAAUGGAGAGGGAGUUAGAGUCUGGACAAGACUAUCUGGAGAUGGAGUUGAGUCAGAAUCGUGAGGAGCUAGAGAAAUUCAAGGACAAAUUCCGUAGGCUGCAGAACAGUUACACAGCCUCACAGAGGACCAAUCAGGAUUUGGAGGAGAAGCUGCAUGCCCUGGCCUCUCUCAGUCAAAGCUGGAUUUUUGCAAUUAAGAAAGCAGAAAUGGAUCGGAAAACCCUUGAUUGGGAGAUUGUGGAGCUGACAAAUAAGCUCCUUGAUGCUAAAACUACCAUCAAUAAACUGGAAGAACUCAAUGAAAGGUAUCGGCAGGACUGUAACCUCGCAGUGCAGCUCUUGAAGUGCAACAAAUCUCACUUUCGAAACCACAAAUUUGCUGAUCUUCCCUAUGAACUGCAAGACAUGGUCAACAAGCACCUCCAUAGCACUCAGGAGACUUCAGGACCUGGCCAGGAGGUCCCACACACCUUGGCCCCCAAUGAUGUUGUGCCCACUUCAGUUAUUGCUAGAGUCCUGGAAAAGCCAGAGUCACUGGUGCUCAACUCAGCUAAGUCCAGUAGUGGCAGUUGCCCUUUGGCUGAGGAUGUCUUUGUGCAUGUAGAUAUGAGUGGAGCACUGCCUGAUGCUUGCCCAAGCCCAGGGCAGUCUGGAAAUGAAGGGUCAGGAGGAACAAGGCAACAAAAUGGGAACUGCAAGUCACAGGCCUGUUUAGAGAGUGAUGUUCCCACUUUUGAGAAAUUAAGUCCAUAUCCUACUCCACCCCCUCCCCAUCCCAUGUAUCCUGGCCGCAAGGUGAUUGAAUUCUCAGAGGAUAAGGUAAGGAUCCCAAAGAACAGCCCCCUGCCAAACUGUACUUACGCAACACGCCAAGCGAUCUCCUUGAGCUUGGUUCAGGGGGAGGACGAAACCUGCGAGAGGCAGCGCACCCUUCCCAGUAGCCCCGCUUCAGAAGGGCAACGCUCAGCCUCCAGUUGCUCUUACCAGCCAUCCCCCAAGGCGAACCGAGCCCCUGGUUCUUCACAGAGCAGCCCCUUCAGCAGCCCUCCACAGGUUCCUAGCACAUUUGCUAGCUCAGCCAGCUCUGAGGAGGAUUUGCUAGCUAACUGGCAGCGGAUGUUUGUAGAAAAGGCUCCCCCAACCACAGAGCGGGUGUUGGUGAAUCGCACAUCGUUUAGCCGUGACACUGCCCAAGAGCUUCAGAAACGUUUCAGCCGCUCCAUGCAGGAGCUGGGCCGUGCAGCCUCUGCCUACUCGGAUGGGGAAGAGUCAGUGCAGAGCUGUAGCUGGACUGUGAGCAGAGACUCAAGUAUGGACACAGACAGCACAGAAUCCCGGGCCCGCCAGAGUCACCUCUCUUCUGACUAUGGAACAGACUUCUCUCAGGAGGAAGCCCGCAAGUUGCUGCAGGAAGCUGGCAGCGAGGGGCUGGCAGAUCCAGCCAUAUCUUCCCCAGGGAAGCACAAAGACUACGUAGACCUAGACUCACCAGGGAGUCCAGCCGAAGAGCAGGGAAUGCUGUUGCAGGGAAGUAAGGAAAACAACCAAGAUGUCGUUUUGGAGCAGAGCACAGAAGGUGGCAAAAGCAAGCCUCCUGGCCGCCCACAUCGCAGCCCCAAGAGAAUGGGGGUUCAUCACCUCCAUCGGAAAGAUAGUCUCACACAGGCUCAAGAGCAAGGCAACUUGCUCAAUUGAGGGUAAGGAGGAAGAAUGGUCUAGGCUGCCCUGGUGCAGUAUUGCCUCCAGUGUUGUUCCCAAGGGCUCCACUUCUAGUUCUGAGAUCUAAAGGAUGACCACCAUGGCACUCCUUGCUAGGAAUUCCAGGCCAUUUUUAUAUAUUGUUGUAUUUUUAUUACACGUGAAGAGGGAAGACAGCUCUUUUGCAGCACCUGAACAAAACACUUGGAUGUACACCAGCACACCACUCCUGUGCUUGUGUCUUCACAGCUCAGUUUGCACUCAUUCUCCUUUCAGUUCAGUUCUGCCUUCACACUCCUGUUCCUUCUAGCUAAUGCGAUACCAUAUUUUUGAUUUCAAGUUAUGUCCUGGGACACCUCAAGCCUGUAUACCUACUUUUUCAGUUUGUGCCAAGACACAGGAACAUUUUCUCCCUAUUUUUCUUAUCUGAACCCUCUACCAAUCUGCCAUGAUAAGGCCAUGAAUGAGGUAUGAAGGCUUCCAUGGGUGCAUGUCCUCAACUGUCCAAGCAUUAUUGCUUUUGUUUUGCCGCAUUUGUUUUAGUUUCUGCUAUUGCAUAUGUAUGCAUAGGUGUGAACAAGUUGGACAAUACUCGCAGAGGUCACAACUGUGAGCUCCCUUGCCCUCUAAGUGAUGAUCAAGUCAUGCUACUUGUUGGGAUGACCUUCAGACUCUGAAAUCUAGGUUUCAUCCUCCCAAGAAUGGGAUUCAGCGCUUCUAGUCACUCAGCAAA